GUCAUCUCUGUUUGAGCAUAAAAACAACCAAGUGGGCGUUGAGUUGGUGUUGUCGUGCUUUUCUUUGCGUUUACUCCGAAAAGUUUCAGAAAAUGGUGCAGCAAAUCUCCAAAUCUGGAGCGAAGGAGACCCCUCUGCUGAAAGCUGGCCAUCCUCCGGCAGUGAAGGCUGGAGGUAAACGGGUCGCCAAGAAAAGCUUCGACGAGAGUGGCACACAUGGGAUUCCAGACAAGGAAACCAAGAGGACUGAUAAACUAAGCAGGUCCCUCACCACCUCCAACAGGAUGCAACAAGUUGGUAUUCUUCUGGCAGGAACUCUUGACAAGCUGAGCCAUAACUUUCCAGAGACUCCAGUGAGCGUGAGGCACGGCAAGGUGCGCCCUGCAUUGGAGAAGCCCUACUCCCCCCGGUCCUUUGUCAUCCAGCAGCCGAGGAAGUUUUGAACAACAAGUGUUUAAGAAUAUCCAGGAGGGAACCAUGCUAAGUCAUCCGUGAAAGACAAACAUGAAGCGCUAGACACGCAAGGGGACUGACUGGGAUGUCUGUAAAGUGUCGGUGUUUAUGGAGGGAGAGCUUUCGUUGAGCUCUGUUUACUUUCUAGGCUGUACUUGUUUAUAAGAAUACUUUAAAGCAGCAUUGAAUCUGUAUUUUCUAGUGUUGUGAGAGAGAGAAAUGCUGUAGUUGUAUGUCCCAGCUGAUGACAACCAGAUGGUGUUUGGGUAUGUUUAAUAUGAGGGUUGGGGGUUGUUAAGUGAGGUUUUAUGAGACUGCUUUUUUCCAGUGAAAUCUUCACAAUGUGGCUCUUAUUAGAUUUGAUAACAAUUGUAUCAACAAAUAAAUUGCAUGGACUUACUAGA